UUCGUCAUUGUAGGCAUGCGCAGUGUCGCAUCUAUAAGAAUAGGAGCUGACGUCAACGUAAGGCACAUCCAGAGGCAAUCGGGAGGCUGUAUAUACACACACACACACACACACACACACACACACACAGAGGCAGACAGACAGAGAAAGAGAGCGAGAGAGGAGGACAGAGCACGCCUCUUGGAUCGCCGCUGUAAAUUAUUGUAUAUGGUGCUAUAGUUGGCUCUGUGACGGAGUUCAGCCUAUGAUCAUGGGGCGUGCGUCGUGCUCUCUACGUCUGCUCAUCUGUGCCGCUGUCGUCGUCUCACACGUCAGCUCGUACGCUUACACGUUCAGGAAGCGACGCGACGACGCAGGCGUCGGAUUACUGUCCGCGUUCCCGGACCGGUUCGAUCCGGAUUCCGAGAUAGAAGACAACGGCUUGCGACGCGCCCUCGACGUCAUCGACGUGAAACGAAAGAGCAUCGGUGACAGCUUUCGCGAGUACGUCGCUGCCGCCGCCGCAGCCGACGCCGAGGACGACGGCAGCGACCUCUACGAGAGAGCAGUUCGCAAGAGGGCGCUGAGGAAGAAAUGGAUCGCGAAGAAGAGGUACGCGGAGAAUCGUGACGACGAUGACGUCAUGCGUGACGCAGUCAAGACGUCGCUGCUGCGCGAGUUACUGAGGAACAGCGCCACCGAGCGGGAGACGGAAGCGAACGAAAUCGGCGCCGAACAACUGCGCAGAAUAUUCGAGGACGACGACGACGAUGACGAUGAUGAUGACGAUGUUGAACGUAAGAGGAAGCGGUUCAUUGCGAGGAAACGCGACGAGGCAGACGACGACGAUGACGUUGACGACAGCAUGAUGACGCUGCUGCAGAGCGCCCGGAUGUACGGGAAUGACGCGGAGGAUGAGCGCGGGGAAGCGGAGGAGGAGGAGGAAGAGGAAGAGGAAGCAGAGGCGCCAUCUGCCGACGAACUAACGCAGUGGAUGCUGGACAGAUAUGAAGGUCGCAUGGCUGGAGCGCUCAACGACGAACCACGCACCGAGGAUGAUGUCAUCGACGACGACGAUGACGAUGACGCCGAUGAUGAUUACGAUACUUCGUCGGCAUACACGAACAACAUUCUCGACACUCUGGAUCAGAUAUCGGACAAGGCGCUCUCUCGCGCCCUCUCUCUGCUGCAGGAGGCGAGAGGAGGGCGUCUGCCGGGGGAGGAGGAGAAAGAGGAGAAUCUACCGGAUGAGAUCAGGAUGCUGCAGCUUGCUUACAAUGCCGAGAAGCUGCACAACGCGAUAGAGGAAUACGACAACGAGAAGGAGGAGGAGGAGGAGGAGGAAGCGGUGGAGGAGGGAAGGGAUGAGGAUGAUGAUGAGGAGGAGGAGGAUGAGGAUUCGUCGAAUUUCGUCGAUUAUAAGAGAAUGGCUCGCCGACGAAAAUCAGAGGAUUGGAGUUCCGCUAGAGACAUGCUAUAUUCGAGGAAACGGAAGCGUCAGAUGGCGUUUCCGGGAGGCUACAAUCCCAAUGAUGACAUCUUUUACAGACGCAGACGGACAUUCAGAAAACGCGCCAAUGAGGAUGAAGAUGAGGAUGAGGAGGAGGAAGAAGAGGAGGAGGAAAACAACAGUCUCUAUUCACCGGAGAGAAGGGCAGAACUCAUGAACCUGCUGCGAUCCUACGCUAGUAGAGACGACGGCGAAGACGAUGACGAUGAUGACGAUAAUGAUGACGAAUGUCCAGCAGUAGAGGAGCUGAGCACGGACUGCGAGAUAGCGAGGCGCAUGGGGGCGCCACCACACGUCCAGCAAUUCUUCGGUGACAUCUGCAGGAGACAUGAAGUUUGCUACACCUGUGGAUCACAAGCGGGGAUAAGCGCCCGAGAGUGCGACCGAGGAUUCCUGGGAGAGGCAGAGGAGAUGUGCAGCGGGGAGGAUGAGGAGGCGUGUAUCCUGGAUGCUGGCAAAAUGCUCGUAGCCGUCGUACGGCACGAAUACCUGCCAGGCAACGGUCCCGCCACCUGUCGGCGCAAAUGUGUGUACGAUUAUAUCGUUGGUGAGGACGCGAACGAUAUCGAUAAAAAAUAGAACGCGGUCGUUGUCACAUACUUUGAUUCGGAUCGAUGAUCGAUCGAAGAGAUCAAUGCGUACUCACUUGCCCGUGUUAGCAAUAAUAUUAAGAUUAUAGGAAUGUGUGUUUGGAAGAUUUAAUUUACAAAAUAGAGUCGAAAAGAAAACAGAGCAGUAAUAACUGAUAGGACUGCAAUAUCUGAUGGUGGGUGUAUUGAAUCUCUGAGCAGUGAAAAUCGUUAUUUUUCUAUAUUUACCUACCCAAUAAAGAUGUACGAGGGGCAUACUGAGCUGUUAAAAACAUGCGAGAUCUCCAGAAUUUAUGCUAUAGUCCUCUAUCUACGAUACUAAUUAUGGGUAGCAUGAAAUAUAAAAGUUGCUAUAAAAAGUUAUAAAGAUACAAAGCUAUGAGUAUAUGCGAAUACCCAAAAUGACAGAAUAUAUACUCUCGUAUUAGACUAUACGAGAUAUAAAUAUAAACGUAGGUGUUAUGGAACACUCGUAACCAGUGCAUCUACGAAUUCACACGAAUAUCUUAGACGUAGCUACACCAAUUAACACCCUAACGUGUGUUAACAACAAUUAUGUGUUAACAACACAUAGUAACGUGUUGUUACUAUGUGUAUAGUAAAGAGUCGCAUCAGGAAACAACAGAAACAAAGUGUUGCGAUUGUUUGCAAAAGAUUUGAGGAUUCGAUUGUGUUUCCAAACAUACAAGAGUUUGCGUUCAUAUACAGUCAAGCUUGACGCGUGCAUAAAUAGAGAAAAUGAAUCAACAAGGAGAGUUAGUAUACACGCGGUUAUGCAGGCACGACGUUUCAUUUAAUGGCUUCCACCUUACUGUAGAUAACACAACUUCACAGAGGUAGCCAGAUUUUAAAUCAUCUUUUGAUAGCUGGAGUGUCUCAUUCAAGUCUGUAAAAAUACUUCGUUGAUACGUCAACAGCAAAUCGCUGCUAGCGAACGAUGGCAAUGUGUACAACGCGGUAUAUAGUGAGAUUAUAACGACAGAUUCAAGCAAGUAUGACGUACCUAUGUUUCCCGUGUGAAGUAUGUAAAAAAUAGGUAAAAUUCCAGGAGAUAUUUAUUAUACACUUCCACGCUCGCGUCUUCAUAUAGAUUGAUUUGAUGUUUGUUUAUUGAUUUGUUAGAGAGCUUACUCAUCUGGCUUUCUGUGCACUUUGCAGUGAGAUAGAUAAGUGCCUAUAUUUAUGUGGUGUAAUAGUAUACGUUCUACUCGGUUAGGCUUCAAUGAAGAAAUAUCGGAUUCCAUAUAAUACGGAUAAUAAAUUCUAUGUUUUAACAGAUUGGAAUGCAAUUGUGCGAUCACUAUUAUCUCUUCAUCAGAAUAUGUCAAUAUCACCAAUAAAAUAUGUAAAAAAAUAUA